AAGUGCGAUAUUGUUUACAAACAGACGCUACUUCCGGUCGGGCGAUAAUCCAAAGAAGAGCGUGAAAAUAAGUGUUAUUUUCCGCUAUUUCUUUGACUUUUUUACUGAAUAAGAAUACCACAAAUGAGCUUUCUCCUCCAACAGACAAUGACAAGUUAUCAAAAUGUAUAUUUCCUCUAGUUUAGCGAAUUAGCAGUCAGUUUGCUAAUAGUUAGCUAACUUAGCUAAACAGAUGUUCGGCAGCAUGGCUGAUUGAUUCAUUUCAACAGGUGUUAUUAGCGACAAGGUAGCAAAGUCUACAGGUUUAACAUAACUGUAACUGUUCUUAAUGUAGUUGUAGGCUAUUAUUUUCUUGCUAUAUGAGCUAUAGUUAGCUGUAGUGCCCAUUCGAGUAACAUUAGCCAGCUUUUAACGUCAACUGUACGUUAGCAAAACUCUGUCACACUUGUGUUACUUGUGUGUCAUGCUCCUCGGUCGCGUCCUGCUGAACCUCAGAUCGACGUGUUCAAGAAGUAUUUGUUUCCAGAAGAUUUUUGCCGGUUAUGAACGAUCAAAUUGGCUGCAUCAAAUUCAUUUUAGUUACUAUCAUAACGUCAACGCGUUUAAUCCAUUUGCACACCGCAUCAGUCUGAAGGCUACAGCACAGCCCUGUCUGCAUCAAGUAACCGUGAGUGACAUGCAGCCUGCCAGUAUCUCCUAUGACAAAGAGACCACUGCUGUUGCAACAGAUGAUGACGAUGAUGAUGACGAGGGUGGUGGUGGUAAUGAGGAUGUGGUUGGACAGGAGAGGGGUGUAGAAGUGGAGGAGUUGAAGAGGGUAAUGAUGACCCCAGACCAGGUGGAUGCAGUCAGCAUGGAGGUCCAGCCAGAGGUGCAAGACCCUGGAUCCUCCACGCUGUCAGGAUCAAGUGAGAAAAAGACAAAGAGGAAGACGAGGAAGGAGAAGAGGAAGCUGAUGAAGAAAAACCUCAAGUCAGCUGAAACUUCGGACGUUUUAAUGUCAGAGCUUCCGUUUGCUCUAACCAGCCCCACUGCAUGGAAGGAGCUAGGAUUCCCCAGCCAAGAAUCAACCCAGAAGAAGAGAAAGAGGAAGAGAGGAGACAGUGGAGGGCCAGCGGACAGUGAGGAAGAUGCAGAAAAGAAGAAAAAAAAGAAGAAGAGCCAGCGACCCAACUACUUUGUCUCCAUUCCUAUCACUAACACGCAGAUCAGCUCAGCUGUGAUUGAGGUCCAAGAGGCGGUGCUUCAGCAGGAACCCCAAUUGGCCAAAGCCAUGAUCCCUGUUCCAACUCUCCACAUCACGCUAUUUGUCACUCAUCUCGCCAAUCAGGAGCAAGUUGACCUGGCGGCGACCGUGCUCUCCCAGGUCGAGCCGUCAUUGGCUGAGCUGCUGGGUGGGCGGGAUCUGGUGCUGCCCUUCUCAGGGAUCAGUCAUUUCAGGAAGGAGGUGGUGUUUGUUGGGCUGGCCCCUGGACAACACAGACACACACUGGACAGCCUGGCAGAGUUGUUGCGCAGCCGUUUUGUGGAGCAGGGUCUUCUGCAAGGAGACCAUCGUGGGUUCGAACCCCACCUCACCAUCAUGAAGCUGUCCAGAGCAAAACUAAGAUCUCAGGGUAUAAAGCGUGUGGACCCGGCCCUUUACUCCAGCUAUACAAACAGGUUUUUCGGAGACCAAAAGGUGGAGCGAGUGGAUCUUUGUUCCAUGCUGAAAAAGAAGCAACAAGACGGAUAUUACCACACAGAGACUUCACUACAGCUCGGUGGGCGUCGCCGGUCUGAGCCCGAUGAGGCAGAGCUACUGAGGGUCAGCAAGCGAUUGGUCGAAGACGCUGUCAAUCGCGCCUUGCAACAAUACAAACAGGAAACACUUCAAAAUGGGGGCGGGCCUAACGCCACAGCAAUGCAGCCCCCCGGAAACACUGAAGCAACAAAUACGGACACUACAGCUAAUUCCACCACAGACAACAGGAAGUGACAUCAUCGGACUGAGGCACUGAAGACUGACAAACCAGCCGCCCAGAAAACAUCAGCCAGGCCUGGCUAAACCAUGAGAAGAGUCAGUAAGCCCUGGGCUCAAAGCCUGAACCAGCCAACCAGUCAGCCCAGUAUGCUGACUAGCUAGCCAGUCAUGCUAGCUAUCUGCCCACCUAACCUAGCUUGACACAGUGCUAGUUAAAUAAAAAAAAAUGUAGCUUGAGAUCAACGCUAGGCGACCAUCCCAAAUAAGGCCAGCUAGCUAAGCCUGCUAGUUAACCCACAAACUCUGGUAUUCGAGGAUCCCAGGACACGUCCCUCGGUCCUCACUCAGCUGUGGGUCUGUGUUUGCACGUCAAACCCAGAAAACAUAUGUGAAGCACUCCUCUAGAGACACACGUAGGGUUCACUGUGACCUGUCACUUACAAACUGCCCUUUUAGAGUAACUGAUAUAUAAUGUUUUGUAGAGAAUUUGAUUUACUGUUUGGUUUAUCCUCGAGGUAAAAAAACAAAAAAAAAGAAAAAUGUCCUUUCUCCUUGACUUAGAUGUUUCAGGUGAAGAAAAUUCGUACUUCUCUUUGAGCAUAUGUUUUAUUUGGGCAAACCAGCGCUGUCAUCAUCCACAAAAGAUUACUCAUCAGAUGAAAAGAGCUGGUUUAAAUGCCCGAGUCUGAGUCGUGACUGGUUGGAUUCUUCAGACUUCAGUAUGAACUACAGUGUGUUGGACUCGGUCUGUGUGAAUUUUCGUUCUACCGGUUGUUAUUUGCAGCGAGUUUGGGUUCAAAGCACUUUCAGUUCAUUCACUUCAGGUAACUUCCAGGAAUUUAUUUAACUUUUUUCAUAAGAUGUCUGUCUGCAUGCCAAACUGCAGUUCUGCCUGUUUUCUACAUUUAUAGAAAGUGAUCUGGCCCCAGCAACGCUUUAAGUAUCGUAUAUUACUGUUGUAUUAACCAAGUGUGUCCUAUAGAGGCAGCACUGAGACAAUCAUCAAAUUAAGAUAAAUUCAAUGAUAAGCUCUGAAUUAAUUUUUUUGAAAUAGAAACUAAGUGAUACCAGCUUUUUGUUUGGGUCCACAAACACUCACUGGGAGACACCCUGCACAUACUGACUGUGCAUAAGUUUGGUUUCCCUUUAUCACAUGACUUUAUCUCCACUAAUAACACUAACUUUACAAGAGAUGUCAGACACUAAAUUGGGGAUACUAAAAGUAUAAUAACACUGCUACAAUACACUAUGAGCUGCCAAGAACGCAGUUUUACUCCAUUAAUGCCGAAAACUCCAUUAACGUCUCAUUGAAAACAGAUUUUUUCAUGACUGGCUGUUUUUGCUGUAAGACACAGGCAUUAAAUUAAUCACUAAGCUUCCUGUCUGAUCAUGCAUAAAUGUACUUUAAUAAUUAUUAAGUUUUCCACAUAAUGUCACUUUUCUUCUGUGAAUUGAAUUUAAAGCAGCAGCAGCAGCAGACCGCACAGAUGAUCCAUUCAUUAAUUCUGUGGGUUUUCUGUACAGUCGUCUUAAAGUCUGCAACAGGCUCAGUGUUUAUUGGGAGUAUUUAUGCUGACUAGUUGUACUGUACAUGUAAGAGCAGUUAAAGCCAAGCCGACGGCGGACGCUGUCAUUCGGAUGGUGAUGCUGAUGUCGGGGAGGUUAACUUAAGACAAUCGCUGCUGUCGGCUGAAAACCCUCCGGCUCUUAAUUUCAGUGUCUUCCAUCUUUUUUUUUUUUCUUCUUCUUCUUCUUCUUCUUUUUUUUUUUUUUGUCAAACUUGAAAAUGAAAUUGGCCUUUUGUGCACUGGGUUUGACCCCACAGCUCAUACAUCUAUUCAAGCCAUUCACUAAACACACGGGCAUCAUUGUGAAAUUAAGGGAGAUUGUCUGGAUUUGUUAAAAAAAAAAAAAAAAAAACGUGACUUCCUGAAGAUGAGGUUUUCAACUGACAGCAAGAUGAUGAUACAGCUGAUGAAGGUGAUUGGUUUACGCUGAAAUUAAAUGUUAUUUUAUCCUUUUUUUUCCUUUUUUUUUAAACUAUUUAUUUGCUUUGCUGUUGAAGCUGAAUGGCUUCCCUGUUUGAGAAAUGAAUUUUAUGUGAAAAAAAACAUUAAUUUGAAAUGAGAGUAAGAACACUCAUUCUGCAUUUGAAGGUGAAAAAAAAAGCACAAAAUUCUGAAUUUCUGUUUUUAUUUGUCUUUUUGUUUCAAUUUUCAGAGAGCAGGUUAAAUAUAUACAAGCUGUUAAAAUCCAAUCACCUCUGUACAAAGUGGCCUUCAGUCACUAAGAAACAGUUUGAUGUGAUUUUUGUUUUCCUGUAAGUGCUCAUGGUGACAAUGCAUAGGUGACAUUUUUUUAGCCAACGUGGCUGAUUUGAGUGAUGAUGGCUCAUUGUGCUGUGAGAUUUUGCCAAAGUCUCUUAAAUGUUAUCCUGCGGCUAAAGAGUUGGAUUCUUGAGUUAAAUGUAAAAAAAAAAAACAUCCACCAUAUAACAGAAUUUAUGUUAUUUCUGAUAUAAGUUAAAUGAGUUUCUGUGUACAUGAACAGAGACACAGAGACUCAGAUUUUCAGCCUCAUGAGGUUUGUUUCCCUCUAGUGCGAACAGAUGUGCUCUCAUCCCUGUGAAACCCACUUAAGUGCUGCCACUGUGGGCUCAUUGAAAUGUCAAUAACAAAGGUGAAUUCUGUUUUAAGGUGGACUUUGAACAUUUUCGUUUUGAUCUUUUACUGUCACCGGAUCCUUAAUCUCCUUAAAAUCCCCUUUAAUACACAAGUUGUCCUGUUGGCCUGUAUGGUUAGUGUGUUCAUCUGUCUGUGAGAGAGUGUGUGUAUGUGUGUGUGUGUGUGUGUGUGAGUUCACACAGUGUGUCUGUGGGAUGUUUGAUCAGUGGUUCCCCAGAGAAAUUCUUGUCUCUAUCAAUCAUGACGACUAGGAGCUGUGUGUGUGUGUGUGUGUGUGUCUUUUCUGUUUGUCUUUCCAUUGGUCCGUGUGUAUGUCGGAACGUGUGGCUGCGUUGUUUGUACCGUGUUGUAUAUCUUGUUCUGCCAUGUUUGAACAAUAAAACCAGGAUAUGAGAU